GUUGGUGAAGAGAAAGGUAUCCAAUAAUCUUAUAACCAAUUUGUGUUUGUAAUGAUUUUUUUAGUAGAAAGAAAGAGAGAUAGGAAACGACCAAGACUUUUCAACCACCGUAGACUUCUUCGCCGCCACCCUCUUCCUCACUCUUACGCAUCGGAACACAGAAAAAUCUUAUGUUUAUUCUUCCAUCUCUAAAACCCCCAUUCUUCAAUUUCAUAAACAAUCUCUAUCUUCUCUAAUGGCCAACCACCGUUCAACUACAACAACCUUCCUAUUCGCUUUCUUCCACCUCUAUUUCCUUUCCCUCUCUGUCUCCGGCGACUCACCCGCCUCCUACAAACCCAUCGACGAUAUUCUCCUUAAUUGCGGUACAUCUGAAACCUUAUCUGCAUCUGGAGACAACCGCCCCUGGACCGGCGACGUCCAAUCCAAAUUCUUCCCUUCCGAUUUCCAUCAGAACCGCGCGUCCGUAACUUCACAAGCCGACACGCAAUCCUCUUCCCCCAACGUUGUCCCUUACUCAACAGCACGCCUCUCACACUCCAAUUUCACCUACUCUUUUCCGGUGAGUCCUGGCCCCAAAUUCAUUCGCCUUUACUUCUAUUCUGCUUUUUACUUGAACUUCGACCGUUACAAAGCUGUUUUCUCCGUCAAAACAACUUCUAUGCACACUCUUCUCUCUAACUUCAAUGCUUCUGUCAAUGCCGACGCUUCUGAUCUUAAUUCCCCGACGAUUACUCGCGAGUUCUGUGUUUAUACAGACGAAAACGAUCAAAUGCUUAACAUUACAUUCUCUCCCACAAAUCAAGACUCUUAUGCUUUCAUCAACGGAAUUGAAAUUGUAUCCAUGCCGUUGGAUCUUUAUUAUACUCCGAGGUUGAAGCUUGUUGAUCAGAAUAAUCAGUUCAUCCAAGUUGGUAACAAUACGUCCCUUGAGAUGGUAUAUAGAAUGAAUAUUGGUGGAAACACCAUCUCCUCUGGUGAAGACACUGGAAUGUUUCGAACUUGGGCAGAGGAAAGUAAUUACAUGAAUGAUUACGUAGCUGAUGCUCGACCAGCGAACUUAUCUAUACAACUCAACUAUAUUGAAAGACAGCCGUACACGGCGCCAGAAAAUGUGUAUCGCACGGCUCGAACCAUGGGUCCGAAUUCCACGCUUAAUAAAAACUACAACCUUACAUGGGAGUACCCUGUAGAUCCUGGAUUCUAUUACAUGAUUCGUCUUCAUUUCUGCGAGUUUCAGGCUGAGAUCACUGCUGCUGGUGAUAGAGUGUUCUUGAUUUAUAUUAAAGACGCUACGGCCGAGGAAAGUUUCGAUGUAUUUCAAAAGGCUAGAGGAAAAUAUAAUCCUAUUUAUGAAGACUAUGGUGUUUUUGUUACUAAGAGCAAUCAGAAGAAAGUGAAUCUCUCUGUAAAGCUUCGACCAAAUCCAAAUGACGACUUGACGAGAUUCAGUAAUGUGAUCUUGAAUGGUGUUGAAAUCUUCAAAUUAAAUGAUACGAAUGGUAAUCUUGGUGGUCAAAAUCCAGAUCCACCUCCCACUCAGUCUCUUCCACCAUCCACCCCUCAAAUGAAUAAUGAUUCAUCAAAUACUAAAAUUGUGGCAAUUGUAAUUCCUGUUGUCAUUGGAGUUGUGGUGGCAAUAUUAGCUCUGGGUCUGCUUUUCUUUCGGCGACGAAGAACAUUAACAGACCAAGCCUCCAGUGAUGGAACUUCAUGGUGGGCUCCGUUUUCGACAUCAACAAACAAAACAAGUAAGACUCGCAACUCCAAUCUGCCUUCUGAUUUAUGUCGUUACUUCUCAUUGGGGGAGAUUAAAGCCGCUACCAAGAACUUCGAUGAUGUUUUCAUCAUUGGCGUUGGCGGAUUUGGUAACGUGUACAAAGGUUACAUUGACGAUGGAGCCACUCAAGUGGCGAUUAAGCGGUUGAAACCAGGUUCAAAACAGGGCGCACAUGAGUUCAAGACAGAGAUCGAGAUGCUCUCGCAACUUCGCCAUCUCCAUCUCGUCUCCUUAAUUGGGUAUUGUAAUGAUGGGAAUGAAAUGAUUCUUGUCUAUGAAUACAUGUCUCAUGGAACUCUCCGUAGUCAUCUAUAUGGGAAUGACGAACAGCCUCUCACAUGGAAUCAACGCCUCCAAAUUUGCGUUGGGGCCGCGAAAGGGUUACACUACCUUCACACAGGAGCCAAUCACACAAUCAUCCACCGUGACGUCAAAACAACUAACAUUUUACUUGAUGAGAAAUGGAUUGCAAAAGUUUCGGAUUUUGGAUUAUCGAAAGUCGGGCCGGCAAACAUGUCCAACAACACUCACAUUAGCACAGUUGUCAAAGGUAGUUUCGGAUACUUAGACCCAGAGUACUAUAGACGACAACAACUAACUGAAAAGUCUGAUGUAUAUUCGUUCGGGGUAGUUCUUUGUGAAGUACUUUGUGCUCGUCCACCACUGGUACGCUCCGCGGAGAAGAAGGAGGUGUACCUAGCCGAGUGGGUACGACAGUGCCACCGUAAGAACACAGUGGCUCAAACCAUUGACAAGAACGUAAAAAAUGAGAUAUCGCCGGAAUGCUUGAGAAAGUUCAUAGAGAUAGCUGUGAGUUGUGUUGAAGACGAUGGCGUAAAGCGGCCACCAAUGAAAGACGUGGUGUGGGGAUUGGAGUUUGCAUUGCAAUUACAAGAGGCAUCAAAGAAGAAGGUAGACGAAGAUGAGGUGGGGAGCGGCAAGAGGGACAGCAGCGAAGAACGGUGGUGCUUGGAUGAAACAUUGUUUAGUAGUACUGGUGAUCGGAGACGCGACUCGGAGUUGGGGGUGAGCAGUUACGUGACAACGAGCAAUAGUGAUGAUUCCAGCUAUACACAUAAUAAAGGAAUGUCCGGUACUGUUUUUUCUGAGAUCAAGGACGCUGCAGGAAGAUGAAGGAUUUGUGCAGUAAGAUUAUUUUUUCUUUACCUUGCAGUAAUUUCAAAUAGAGGUUUAUGACAACAUUGGGAAGAAGAAGUGUUAGUUAUCACUAGGGGUGUAAUUGGGCUGGGUCGGAUUCGGUCGGGUCAGUUUUUUUCUUUUUUUUUAUACUUUGUUUUCAUUUAGAUGGUGAUUGCAAGAUAACCAAUUUUAAUAAAUUUGCAUAAUAGUGCAAUUGGUGGAGUAUGUUAUAA